AUGUCAGACAUUACUGAAUCACAGCAGUUGUGGAUCCACUUGUACGCCGUUCUCGUGGCAAACAGUAUCCUGAUAUACGACCAUAUCGCGACCCUCCCAGAAGAAAUCGCUUUUAUUUGGCGUCGUCCGAAGGCGCUGUCUUCGAAGUUGUUUCUUGUCAAUCGCUAUAUCGCUCUGCUCGGCAAUAUAUUUGCCUUAUGCAUCGAUUUCUUGCCCUUGUCAGAUGAGGCGGGAACCUUUGGACAUUUCUCAAGCAAUGCGACCAUUUAUCCAGGAGUUGGCUGCUAUGAAACAUAUACAGCAGAAAUAGCCGCCCGUGUUGGACUGGCAUGGGUGGCCCUGUUUAUCUUUGAAUUACUCAUUUUCAUUCUCACAGUGUACAGAAUUUGCAAAACUAGAGGCUUGUUGCGGUUGUCUCUGUUUACCAGGACCAAUGUCAUCAAUAUCGUAUUUCACGACGGCGCAAUGUAUUUCGGAGCGAUGACACUGAUCAAUAUACCGAACAUCCUGACGUACUACUCUGGUUCAGUUAACACCAGAGGCAGUCUUGCUACAUUUACUAGCUCCAUGUCCGCUACUCUCAUCUCUCGACUGGUGCUUAACCUGCACGAAUCCAUGGACACCGGUAUUUUAUCCACCACCGUUCGGGAUAACAGCGAUUUCCUUACCACCCGGGUCAACGUUCAGUCGGCUAUUUCCUCUCACCAUUGGUAG